UGGAAGCCCGAGGGGACGCCGGGAUAAAAAAAAAAGUAGGAGGGAGGGCGUAAUCGCGAGUGGAAGUGUAGUGAUCCGACAGCGAGCAUGACUGACGCCGAGGCGCCGAGCGCUCCACCGUCGGCAGAGGUGGAAGAGAAACCACAGCCGGAGAGGAAAGUCAUAGCCACCUCAGUCCAAGGCACAGUGAAAUGGUUUAAUGUGCGCAACGGAUAUGGCUUCAUAAAUAGGAAUGACACCAAAGAAGAUGUUUUUGUUCAUCAGACUGCUAUCAAGAAGAACAAUCCUAGGAAAUUUCUCCGCAGCGUAGGAGACGGCGAGGUUGUAGAGUUUGACGUGAUUGAAGCGGCCAAGGGCUCUGAAGCAGCCAACGUCACCGGCCCAGGCGGCGUUCCGGUGAAAGGCAGCCGCUACGCGCCCAACAAACGCCGCUUCCGACGACGGUUCUUCCCCCGCAGCCCUCGGCCUGGCGACCAGAGCAAGCCGGCUGACGGACAAGCCCCUGCUGCUGACGGCGACGGAUCAGAGGAGAACGGCGGCGCCAGGCCCCAGCAGCAGCAGCAGCAGCGCCGGCGUAGGCCGCGCAGGCCACGGCAGGAGGGACAAGAUGGCGAAGUUGGAGAGCAGAGGGAGGGAGCUGCAGAAGGCGACCAAACACAACGGCCGCCACGGCGCAGGUUUUUCCGCCCGUACCGCAGACCGUUCCGCCCUCGUGCACCUACUGACCAGUCUGCAGACGGGCAGCAAGCAGCGGCUCCAGAGGAGGGCCAGGAGCAGGACGACAUGAAGCGGGUGGAGGCCCCCGAAGGCCCCCAGACCGACGGAGAAGCAGCCGACGGCCAGAAACGCCGGCAGCCUAGACGACGCAGGCUAAGAAACUCGGAGUCCUCGGCCUCAAAAAAUGAUACAGAGAAGUCUGCAUCAGAGCCUGGUACUCCGCCUCAGACCUCAAAACCAGCUGAUGUGAAAUCUGCAUCAAAAUCACCAAAGGCCUCCCCCAAAACAUCUCCUAAAACAUCAAAAUCAGAAGAGGCAGCUGCAACAACCACCCCAACACCAGCAGAGUGACGUCGGAGAGGACAGCUACAUGACCUUUGGCAAGAGGUCCUAGGGUUGGAGGACUGGACUAAUUUCAGAACACAUGCACUGCUCUCCCCUCCCUGCACUUCCCCAUCCUCCAACCCACCUCGUCCCGCUGUCGUCCCUCAGGCCCCUUCUCCCCUCACCUCUGUCUGCGUAGACACUGGCCUUUGGAGAGGGGCGUGGCGGGGAAGAAAGGGGAUACAAGUGGGUGGUGGGUGCAUAUUUAGAAAUUAACAUUACAUCUUGAAAAAGAAGAAAAAAUGGGAACGAAUGGACAAUCUGCUUGGUGGCCCAGUUAUACCAACCCCCCUUAGAACAAAUUUCUUUAAUUGAUGGGGCAGAUUUAGUAGUUUAUAGAGGAACCAGCCUUGUUUUUUAUUUAGCUUUUUAAUUUGGUUGAAGAGGGGAAACCCAAGCAGGUGUGUACUUGGUGGUGCAUUAUGGGAGUCAGUUUAGUUCUGCUACCACCUCAGUUGUUGAAACAUACUACUCCCUUCAUCUCCUCCUUGGAGGAUGGAUUGAUGAAAAGAAACUUUAUUUCCUUUUUGUUUUACUUAUUUGUGUGUGCUUUUCUUUGGAGGGGAUUAUGUGCAAUGUUAAUACUUAAAAAUGCUAAUUAAUAAAUCAUGUUUGCAAAUCUCA